UUUUUUCAGAGGAAAAUGCAGGGUUUGUCCUUCACCCUGACGUCAGCUCUUGCUUUAAUAAAAGCUCUCCACUGGGGUUGCGGGGAGAGACAGAGCUGGUCCUCCUGAUGGGCAGGACAGACAGGACCCAUCUUCCGAGAGAGGUGACUGGAUCCCCUGGGCACUCGGUGGAUGCCUUCUCUUUUGACUUCCAGGCAUGAGGUGGCUCCUGUCCUGGGCGCUGGCGGCUCUGACAACUGCUGCUGCCGUGGGCAGUGUUCUGGCCUCGGUCCUCUCUCCAGCCCCAACAGCCAUGGCCUUCACUCCUGCCCUGGGGGAGGACUCAGCCUCACGCCCUGAAUUCUGCAAGUGGCCGUGUGAGUGUCCCCCGUCCCCACCCCGCUGCCCGCUGGGGGUCAGCCUUAUCACCGACGGCUGUGAGUGCUGCAAGAUGUGUGCCCAGCAGCUCGGAGACAACUGCACAGAGGCUGCUGUCUGCGACCCCCAUCGGGGCCUCUACUGUGACUACAGUGGGGACCGCCCGAGGUACGCAAUAGGAGUGUGUGCACAGGUGGUCGGAGUAGGCUGCCUCCUGGACGGCAUGCGCUACAGCAACGGGGAGACUUUUCAGCCCAACUGCAAGUACAAUUGCACGUGCGUGGAUGGUGCGGUGGGUUGCACGCCGCUGUGCCUCCGGGAGCGCCCUCCACGCCUUUGGUGCCGGCGGCCCAGGAGGGUGAAGGUGCCAGGUCAAUGUUGUGAGCAGUGGGUGUGUGACGACGAGGCCACGAGGCUACGCAAGACGGCACCACGCCACACCGGGGCUGCCUUUGCUGCCACAGGGGAGAUGGAGCCAUGGCACAGGAACUGUAUCGCCUACACGAGUCCCUGGAGCCCGUGUUCCACCAGCUGUGGCCUGGGCAUCUCCACUCGGAUCUCCAAUGCCAAUGCCCAGUGCUGGCCUGAGCAGGAGAGUCGCCUCUGCAACCUGCGGCCUUGCGAGGUGGACAUCCGUCUUCACAUCAAGGAAGGGAAGAAGUGUUUGGCCGUGUACCAACCUGAAGUGCCCAUGAACUUUACCCUUGCUGGCUGUAUCAGCACACGCUCCUACCGGCCCAAAUACUGUGGAGUCUGCACAGACAACAGAUGCUGCAUACCCUACAAGUCCAAGACUAUUAACGUUGCUUUCCAGUGUUCUGAUGGGCCUGGCUUCUCCCGCCAAGUGCUCUGGAUUAAUGCUUGUUUCUGCAACCUGAGCUGUAGAAAUCCCAACGAUAUCUUUGCUGACUUGGAACCCUACCCUGACUUGUCAGAAAUCGCCAAUUAGACAGACAAAAAAA